AGGUGGAGGUGGAUCGGCUUAUUAAGAAUAAGUUGGCUUAUUAUUCAAGCCCUAUAAAUAAGUCAAUCAGCAAAUUAAUGCACAUAUCAAUAUAUCUGACACAGUGUGUGUGAGUCACUUGAGAGUCGGAAUUCGAUGGAGGAAGAGCGCAAUGAUACGAAACUGCCGCUGUUGGAUGGGUGGAAGCUCAGUGGGAGCGGGCGCCGUGGCCGACUCAGUCGCCGGAACUCGGUGAACUCGCUCAGAAACGAUUUUAUUGCGAGACUCCCCGACAAGGUCCGUUCCGUGGUUGAUCUCGAGUCCUUCUCUCUUCACGAUCUCUCCAAAAUCCCUGACCUAACCCAAGGAGAAAAGGAAUACUAUGAGAGACAAUUUACAACCUUAAAAUCAUUUGAGGGAGUUGAUUCUGUGGUGACCUCUGAAAGCAUUGAUGAAUAUGAUGAUGAAGAACAAGCCCAACAGGAAAGAGCAAUGAAGAUAUCAAAUUAUACAAACAUCAUAUUGCUGGCAUUGAAGAUUUAUGCUACCGUAAAAAGUGGAUCCCUAGCAAUUGCUGCAUCAACACUCGAUUCCUUGCUUGAUCUCAUGGCUGGUGCCAUUUUGUGGUUCACUCACUUGUCAAUGAAAAACGUGAAUAUUUAUAAAUAUCCUAUUGGAAAGUUGAGGGUGCAGCCGGUGGGCAUAAUAAUCUUUGCUGCUAUCAUGGCUACACUUGGAUUUCAGGUGUUGAUUCAGGCCGUGGAAGAAUUAAUUCAGGAUGAACCUCCUGGAAAGAUGACGUCAGAUCAAUUGAUAUGGUUAUACUCAAUUAUGAUAACUGCUACUGUUGUAAAAUUUUGCCUCUGGAUUUACUGCAAAAACUCAAGAAACGACAUUGUCCGUGCGUAUGCAAAGGAUCACUAUUUUGAUGUGGUGACAAAUGUAGUAGGAUUACUUUCAGCCAUUCUUGGGGAUAAGUUCUACUGGUGGAUUGACCCUGCUGGUGCCAUUGUCCUUGCAAUUUACACGAUCUCAAAUUGGUCCGGAACCGUUCUGGAAAAUGCAGUGUCACUCAUAGGACAAUCAGCCCCUCCUGAGGUAUUGCAGAAAUUGACAUAUCUUGUCAUAAGGCAUCCACAAGUUAAGCGUAUUGACACUGUCCGCGCUUACACUUUUGGCGUUUUGUACUUUGUAGAGGUUGACAUUGAACUCCCAGAAGAGUUGCCUUUGAAGGAAGCACAUGUCAUAGGAGAGACCCUACAGAUAAAGAUUGAGAAACUUCCUGAAGUUGAACGUGCAUUUGUUCAUAUUGAUUACGAGUGCUAUCACAAACCAGAGCACUCUGUACUUAUUAGGCUGCCUGACAGUGAGCCUUGAUGUUUGAGUUCACUAUGUACACACCAAAACCCUUUUUCAAAAUCCUCAUUCCGGCUAUAAUUUGUUUUGCCAUCCGGCAGAGGAAGGGGCGGGUUGCAGACGGUAUAAUAACCACCUGUUCUUGAGGUUUGCCCAUGAGAAAAUGUGAUGCUUGAUGCUUUGGAAAAUGGUAGCGGCGUGCCACACGGGACACUACCAUAUUGGAGAUCAUAGGAUCAAGUCAUGCUAAAGGUAGAGAGUUUUCUUAUCUUUCUUUUUUUGGGGUGUUUUGUUUUCUGUUUUUGGAGUGUAAAUCAAUCAUAAACAUCAAUAUUUUAUGCUGUAAUGUGAAGACAUGGCCUAUCAAUGUAGAAACUAGCCUUGACUUUUAGAGGUGAUUGCAAUGUGGCUUGGACAAAGG